AUGGAUAGCAUGAGUGAGGCAUUUGAUCAAAUGCAAAUGGUCAAGGAUGUUCUAGCCAACAGUGAUAAAGUUUCAGAGGUCCUACAAGAGUCUACUCAUCAGUUCAACCUGCUUACUUCACCCACCUUCCUACCAAAGGUCAAGGAUCAAGGGAAAUUCACUCUCCCUUGCACACUUGGGCAUCUUGAGAUUGACAAUGCCUUAGUGGAUUCUGGAGCAAGCAUCAAUCUGAUCUCUCUCUCCAUGGCAGAGAAGCUAGGCAUAGCUGGAGCCUUGCAGCGCCCUACUACUUCAAUCAUGUUUGGAGAUGCAACUUCUAAGUCUCCUCUUGGAGUGUUCAAGAACUAUCACUUGAAAAUUGGAGAAUGCAUCAUCCAAACUGAUCUCACUGUGAUGGAAAUGGAAGAAGAGAAGGAUCUUGCCUUGUUAUUGGGAACCCCUUUCCUUAGUACAGUUGGCGCUUCAAUAGACUUUCACAAGCAAGAAGUGAUCCUUCACAAGGUGAAUAGUUUGGUGUCAUAUCGCUUGCAGCCUAGAGGUUCAGACUUUUGUGCCACAAUUGACAGUACCAAUCUCAGUUCUAAGAGUCAUGGAGCUACAAAGGUUGUGAAGGAAAGGGUUGACAAAGGAACCAAGAGUUGGGAAGGAUAA